AUGGUCCACUCUAUUUUACGUGGCAGGCAGCAACGCUGCGACUUGAGUUGGACUGAUCGUUGGAACGUUCCUCUCGUGAACUACCGGGGAGGAAUUCCAACCGCAACAGAAAAAGAGGGAAGACACGCGCUGUGUUGUUGGACUGUUGUCGAUGGCCUUAAAUGUCUGGAGUUUGUGCGGAAGGUCCCAGCUCCGACCACGGAGCAGCUGGUGGACGAUGUCCUGCGAAAAGCACGAGCUUCGCGAGGCGCUCCAGUUCGAGAGCAAGACCAAGCAAGCAGGCCUCAGCCGGCACGAGGCUCGAACAGCACGACACGUCUGACAGACGGACGUGUCACUGAGCUGGUCUCCAGGGUGCUGGACAGUGCUGCUCGUUUUGUGCGUGGCACGGGUCUUCUGAGGGGUCGCCGGAAGUCUCGCGACUCGGAGCCUCCACAGGAGCCAGGCCGAACUCAAGCGCCUCCUCCUGGCCCUGGUGCUGGCACUGGCGGAGCAAGGAGCGAUGCUCCGGAUCUGCACCCUCCGGACGGAGGAAGGAACGCCGAAGACAUCUUCUGGAGCGGCGAGAAGGUGCCAAACACACGGGACCAUAACGAACCGGAUGAGCCCUCGCUGCUAUCUUCGCCAUGGGAGCUUUCUGCCACAGGCGCCCGAUCUGAAGGAUCCGGCAUUGGUGGCCUGUCCCCGGUUCCUUGGCAGGGAGAGCCGUCGCGUGACCAGGUUGUGAAACCGGUGUCUAUAGCAACGCCACUCCGAAACUCGAUUCUGCCAGAUGGGGGCGACUGGAGCGGGGUCACGGUCGUGUUUGCAAGCGACCUGGGCAGUGUGGCUCAAGCAGCUGUGGAGAAGCAAAUCUUGGAAGCUGGUGGCAAAGUGGGUGCUGCAAUCUCGCAGCGAACAUCCUUGGUCGUUCUGGGAGGCAACCUGGCAGAUGGACGGCCUCCGAUGGAGUCUGCCAAGUAUCAGCGCUUUCUGGACUUGCAGUCCAAGGGAAAGGUGCAGGCCAAGGUGCUGUCCGAGGCGGCCUUUCUUAGCCUACUGCCCACUCAGCCUCCGCCCACUCCCGCCACCCCGGCCCUUCCACAGACUUCCAGGCCACCAGGGGAGAAGCCGGAGCUUCCUCAGAGCGCCAAGCAGCUCGAGGGUUCCAAGCGCUCUCCGUCGCGGAACUGGGUCGAUAUCUUCUCUCCGAAGAAGCUGGAAGAUCUCCUUGGGAACCAGGCUCCCAUUCGGAAGCUGGCAGAUUGGCUGCAAGACUGGGAGGAUGUAGUGCUGCGUGGGAAGAGCAAGAAGCCGGCCUUUCGACACGGGAGCGUACCUGACAACUUGAACGCCAGAGCUGCAUUGGUGAGCGGGCCACCAGGGAUCGGGAAGACAACAACUUGCCGACUUGUAGCCCAAUUACAGGGGCGAUAUGAGGUCUUGGAGUUCAACGCUUCGGACUCAAGAGGUCAAAAGGUGAUCCAGGAAAUGGCAGCAGGCAUAGCCGAGAACACAACCAUCUCUUUCGCAGGUGGUCGGCAAGGGCAAAGGAAAGUAGUCAUCAUCAUGGACGAGGUUGACGGAAUGGGUGGCGGGGACAAGGGCGGCAUCGCUGCCCUCAUCAAGAUGAUCAAGAGGACCCGCAAUCCCAUCAUCUGCAUUUGCAAUGACCAGCAUUCUCAGCAGGUGAGAUCUUUGGCGUCCAGCUGCUACGACCUAAAGUUUACCAGGCCUCCGAAGAAUGCGAUAGCGCAACGGUGUGCGCAGAUCGCGAGGCAGCAGGGCCUUCAGGUCGAUGUACCUGCGGUGGAGGCCAUAGUGGAAUCCUCCGGCAACGAUGUGCGGGUGGUCCUAAACCAUUUGCAGAUGAUGAAAGCCGCACGCGCAGCCACUCCGAGUUGCUCGAUCUUGACGGAGAGCCCGGGUCGACUUGGCAAGGAUCAGGAGGUGAUGCUCAGCCCGUUCGACGUGUGUCGGAAGCUGCUGACGUCGUCGGAGGCAAAUGCACACAGCUUUCAAGCCCGCUUCGAGAUGUUCUUUGUGGACCACUCGCUCGUUAGCAUGCUCGUGCACGAGAACUACUUGCGGUCGAUUGAGAGACAGCCGGUCAGCUCCGAAGUGCUCAAUCGAUGUGCAUACUCUGCAGAUCUCAUGACCAUCGGUGAUGUGAUGAGUCAACGGAUGGUGGUUGAGCAGGAAUGGAGUUUCCUGCCGCACUGUGCGGCCGUGGCCUGUGCCUACCCGACCUUUGUCACCAGAGGCAGCCUUGCCUAUCCCAGCUUCCCUUCCAUCAUGGGCAAGAUGUCUUCGCAAUCCAAGUCCAGGCGCCUCAUCUCAGAGCUGCAGACGCACAUCCGCUUGGCUGGGACUGCCGAUCGCAAGGCUUUGGUAACAUCUUCCUACAUGGAUUUGAUGUACAAGCGAUUGGUUCAGCCGCUGCAGAGAGCAGAGCUUCAGAGCGUGGUGUCGCUCCUGGAUGCAUAUGGCCUCCGAAAAGAGCACAUGGUGGAGCAUCUCACCGAGCUGCGACAACCUCUGGGCUGCCAGGACCUCUUCAAGCAAGUGGAUGCCAAGGUCAAGGCUGCUCUGACUCGGGAGCUGAACUCUGGGCGCCAUGCUGUCAGGGAACGUCGCCGGCGAGGUGUUAGCCUUGUUAGCACACUCGGUGCAGCUGCUGUCACUGUUUUUGUAGGACUGUGUUGCUCCUCUCUGACCGAUGUGGACAUUUCAGAGCUGGAGUCUUACGGGGAGCACACCCUGGUGCUGCUGCGGCACGGCGAGUCUGAAUGGAACCUGCAGAACCGCUUCACAGGUUGGGUUGAUGUGGAUGUGUCCGCCAAGGGUGCGGAGGAGGCCAGUAAUGCAGGCAAACUGCUGCAUGCGGCCAAUGUCAGUGUAGAUGUGGCCUUCACGUCGUACCAGAAAAGAGCGAUCAAGACGCUAAACUUAGCCCUGGAGGAGAUGGACUGCUUGUGGAUUCCUGUCGUCAAGACCUGGAAGCUGAACGAGCGGAUGUACGGUGAUCUACAGGGCCUGAACAAGGCCGAAACAGCCAAGAAGUUUGGCGAGGAACAG